UUAUCCUCCGCAUUGAGCAUGUCAAAGAUUACCUUCCCAAAAUAGCGAACAUAACUAGGAAGCCAAACAAGGAAAGAACAUAUGAAUUUUACAAUAUAUUUAGUCUCUCCCUUUGUUCUUGUUCCAUCACAAGCUUUUCUAUCUCUACUUUGUUGGUGAUCUUUUUGUUCAAAAACCCAUAUAUACAGAACCUUGCUGUAAGAACAGUAGCAUAUUCCUUACUAUGACAGGGUUUGAAGGAAUCAUUUCUGAAGUUAGCAAGUGUACAAGCAACUUCACUAUCACCAUGUCUGCCACCCUUGGAAAUUUCCAACAAAAUAUCAAAUCUCUGAAUGACGAACUGCACAAACUUAUCCAGCUGAAGAACGAUAUGAAGGAGAAUAUUGAUGUUGCAAGAAUAGAAGGGAAAUCUCCAACUUCAGAAAUUAAUAGAUGGCUUGAAGAGGUUGAGGAGAUCGAAUGUGAAGUCCAUAGAAUUCUGGCAGCAGCAAACCAUAUCACGAUCGGAGAUUGCUGCUCAAUGUCCAAAGACCAACUUAGGAGUGCAGCGAAGAAGUGUAAUGAGGUGAAACACCUCAUAAUUUCAUGCAGUUUCUUGACGGUGACGUAUGAUAUGAAACCUCCUAGCAGACCAAUUUUGAGAUUGCAGGCUGGAUCAGCUGUUGGUCAGAAAGCGGAGGAGAAGGUGAAGCAGCUAAUGGAUUACCUGAAUGAUGAUGGUAUAAGAAGGGUUGCUAUCUGGGGAGUAGGAGGAGCUGGGAAGACUACAAUGGCAAAGAACUUGAACAAAAAGCUAGAGAGCUCUUCCAUGGAAGAACCAUUUGAUGUAAUCGUGUGGGUCACGGUGUCAAAAGACUUGAAUUUGAGGAGGGUUCAAUCUGACAUUGCCAGCAAAUUGAAUCUAGAGUUGGAUGCAGAUGAAGAUAGCACAGAGCAGAGAGCUUCCAGACUGCUCGAACAAUUUUCCUUGAGAAAAAAGACACUGCUCAUUCUUGAUGAUGUUUGGGAGAAGAUUGAUCUUAAUGCUGUUGGAAUACCACAAGGUGAUGGACAAAUAAGCUGCAAGAUCCUGCUUAUAACUCGCUCUUUUGAUGUUUGUCAGGAGAUGAUGGCCGAUGUAGCUUUGAAGUUAGACGUUCUCACAGAAAAUGAUGCUUGGAGUUUGUUUGCAGAAAAUGCAGGAGAUGUAGUGGAGUCAAAAAAAAUAAAUCAGCUAGCAAGAAAAAUUGCUAGGGAGUGCAAUGGUUUACCACUGGCCAUCAAGACCAUGGGGAAGUCAAUGAGAAGAAAAAGAACAAUUCAGCCAUGGAAGAACACACUGUACCAGUUAAAAAGCUCUGCAUUGCAUCUUGGGAGCAUCAAGAAGGAGGUCUAUAUACCUUUGAAGUUGAGUUUUGAUUCACUACCAAAGAUUGCUCAGAGGUGUUUCUUAUAUUGCUCUUUGUACCCAGAAAACUACUCAAUAAAAACAUGUGAACUAAUACAUUGUUGGGCAGCUGAUGGACUAAUCAAUGAACAUCAAUCUCGAGAGGAAUCAUUCAACAGCGGGAUGACUUUACUUGAAACUUUGAAGGAUGCAUGCAUGCUUGAACAAGGUGAUGGCCUUGGAACUGUAAAGACUCAUGGCAUGUUGAGGGAUGUAGCAAUCUGGAUAUCCUUAAAUGAAGAGGAAAGCGGAUUUUGUUGUCAAUCCAGCAGAGGUUUGCAACUGAUGCCGGAGAAGCUGCAAAAUUCCAUCAGAAAAGCAUCUUUCAUGAAUAACAGCAUUUUGAGGUUGCCUGGUCAGUUGCGAGGAUGCUCGAGGCUAUCUGUGCUGUUCCUUCAAGGUAAUCCUCUCAGAAAAAUUCCUGAUGGUUUCUUUCAUGAGCUUAGAAAAAUAAGAGUCCUGAAUUUAAGCAGGACUCAGAUAACUACCUUGCCUCCUUCUGUUCUCGAGCUAGGGGAGCUGCAUACACUUCUAUUGAGAGAUUGCUGUUAUCUAGAAGUUCUACCCGAACUUGGAGCUCUUUAUAAGCUCAGAGUGCUUGAUCUCCAUGGUACUCGAAUAACAGAACUCCCAAAAGAAAUGGGAAUGCCAACUAAUCUCCGAGAAUUAAACUUGUCAUGCACACACUACUUAGAAAACAUUGAACCUGGAAGCAUUUCGGUGUUAUCUAGUCUUGAGGUCUUAGACAUGUCUUCCAGUGCAUACAGGUGGGAUGGGAAUUGUAAUGUUGGAGGAGCAACUUUUGAUGAGAUAAUAUUGUUGGAGAAACUUUCAGUUCUACGCAUAAGGCUGGACUCAAUUGAUUGCCUUCCCUCACACUCAACUUGGUUGCAAAGACUGAAAGAGUUCAACAUACAGAUUAUUCAAAGGAAAUGUGAUUCUACAUAUCUACCUCCUCCACCAUCUAUCGCCAAAGAAAAAAGGGUUUUCCUUAGAGGUGUUAACCUCUUGGAAAGUGGCCUCGAUGGGUUAUACUUCAAUGCAAGUGCCUUAGACCUGAUAACAUGUGGGAGCUUCAGAGGGUUGUCUCAUAUAGUUAGCAAGAAAAGUUUGUAUGGCCUACCAAACUUGAAAUCACUCACGUUAACAAGCUGUGAUAGCAUCACAAGUUUGUUAGUUGGAGAAACCUGCCAAAAGAGUACAUUGCCAAAUUUGGAGCAUUUAUAUCUGUGUCACCUACAAACAUUGAGAACCAUGUUGGAAGGAAUGGUACCUCGAGGAUGUCUUGGCAGGUUAAAAACCAUUCAAGUUGUUUCUUGUCCGGAACUAAGGAACCUCAUAUCCUUUGCUUUGCUUCGUUUGGUCCAAAACCUUGAGGAGAUCAAGGUAAGAGACUGUAAAAAGAUGAGGCAAAUUAUUGCAGCAACAGAUUCCUCAGAAAUGCUGCCAAAGUUGAAAAUCAUAGAAGUCAGGGAUAUGGAAAACUUGGUAACAAUUUGUCCUAUACCACCAACAUGCCCACUUUUGGAGAGGAUCAAGGUGAGCAACUGCCCCAAGUUAGAGGAGCUCUCACUGUCAGCCUGCGAUACAUGAAAAUAGAUGAGAAUAAAGAACUGAAUUCAGUCUUCAGCAAAGAUUCCACACAUGUUCAGACUCUACAAUGCUGGCAAGAACAGUAUACCUUUGUAUAACUAGUGGAUGAUAGUAUAUUUGAUAUUUCUUUUGCCUUAGUGUGCUUGUGUAUGUUUUUUUUUAAAUCUAAUCUGCUGUCUAAACAUGCUUUCAAUAUCUUUAUUAAUUCUGUCUGGUAUCAUUAUUUAUAUAUUCAAGCCAUUCAAAUGUUAUUUAAAAUAAAAAAUAAAAAAUCCAAGUCAGGGUACAAAGUUCUAGCUAUAAGGACACCAAAAUAGGUAAAGAGAACAAGAGACAAAAAGAUAAAUGACAUUGUAAAUAAUAUUAUGAGGAAUUUCAAUGUUUCAGUGUUGAUGUAAGAACAAGUUCUCUGGUUAAAUCGUUGUACUUGAGACUUUUUCAUUUAUAAUCUUAUGUUCUUAUACAGGGUUCUUUGAAAUUGCUUAUGUAAUUAAACGUUAUGCUUCGAACUUUCUUUAGCUAUUUUUCCCCUUGAUGCCGUAGUUUUUGGUUCAUUUUGUAUAUAUGCCCUCCUAUACUAAAACGCAUCAAGAAUUUCAAUGAUCGUCCAUAAUUUUUUUUUUUUUCCUUUUUUUGAAUAAAUGAUCUUCUAUAAUUGAAUGUUUGAGCUUGAAGCAAAAUUCAUUAAAAGGUGGAAGCAUCAUCCUGAGCAUUGUGAGAAGCUGAUAGUCACUUGCUGAACAAGUUACUAAUUCAGAAAAACCAAUUAGGAUUACAGGAUCAACAAUCCCAUAAACAAACAGUUCUAAGAGCAAAAACCAUAUUUGCCGUUAAAUUCUGUUAACCAUUCUUUUAUAUACAUUUAUUUUUAAAUACAAUCUUUUUACCCGUGCAUACAUUCCCCUAAGGCUUGAAUUUAAAUAAAUUUUAACUUUGGAUUUGAUAGGGUGAGCCUGGCCCAAGCGCCAGUGCAAGGCUUGGGCGACUCUUGAAGGCUCACAGUAGCAAGCUACUGUACUGGACCCUCCCCAAUAAAAUAUUAAUUUAAUAUCGUGUGGGCCAUUGGCCCACGUAUCAGAUAUUAAACUGAUAAGAACAGAUACUACACUUGAUCUUAGCCAAAAGGCCGAGAAAGGUAUGGUUUUAUAAGCUACCAAUUUUUAUUUUUAUAAUUGAACAGUUGCCUCUUAUGCCAUAUUUGAUUGAUGUGGGAUAUUUGAAAACUCCAUCUUCAACGUUUUUUACAAGGACAACAACCUUGCAGUUUAAAGAAGCUCAUACGUAUCCUUUUCUUUGUUGCAUUUAGCCCAGUGAGGAC